AUCAGUGUUGCUCAGCCGGUCUGUUAUUGGCGUUUUGUUUGUAAAUUGUAACCUUUCACGCUACAACAAAGUAAAAAAUGUCCACAGAGCUGCUCGAAGCGACGAUAAUGGUGGAGAGGUUGCGAGUGGCUGAGCUGCGGUCCCUCCUUUCUACUAUGGGAAAGGACAAGAAGGGACUGAAGAAGGAAUUGGUACAGAGAGCCACGGAUCUCCUCCAUAAAGAGUUGCAUCCUGAGCUUCUCUCCACCAUCCGUGAGCUUUACAACCGCCGCCAUUCCACUGGCAAUGACAGCAGCAGACGCUCACAGGUCAUCACUAUCCCGAUUGCCUCUGAUGUCUCAGUCAAACACCCCAGGAAAUCUGACCCUUCAGCCCAAAGACCUGUUUAUAAACCUGAGAGGCAGAUGAUCAAGCUCCCGUUCUAUCAAACACUGGAAACUGUCAUUGCUCCAGUAUCAUUAGUGCCAUUAUCAGCAAAUAUUCUUCAGACCAGUUACGUCUCAUUUAGCCUGACUUCAAGACAGUGGUCUCAGAUCAAGAACUGUCAAGAGAUCAGGGCUGGAGUUAAGUCUGUUCAGGUGGUGCUAAGAAUUUGCUACACAGAGAGCAUCGGUGUUGAAGAUGAUCAGUAUCCUACAAAAAUUUCAGUUCUGGUUAACGGCAUGGACUGUCCUGUACAGACUCGAUAUUCCUCCAAUAAAAAAGGGCUGGAACCAUCUCGUCCAUGUUGUCCAAUAAAUCUCACUUCACUGGUAAAUCAGUUAGCUGACAACUAUGUCUCAAUCAUCUGGGAGAAUUUCGGCAAGCACUACUCUGCUGCGAUAUAUCUGGUGAGGGUGUUCUCAUCGUCAGAGCUGCUGGAGCAGCUGAAGAAAAGCGGAGCAGAAAGUGUGGAGUGCUGCAGACAGAGAAUUUGUGAAAAGCUGCACUGUAAUACUGAGAAUGAGAUCACAACAACUGGGCUACAAGUUUCUCUUAUCUGUCCGCUGGCGAAAAUGCGCAUGUCGACCCCUUGUCGAGCGCAGACAUGUGCCCACCUGCAGUGCUUUGAUGCCACCUUUUACCUUCAGAUGAACGAGACAAGGCCAAGGUGGACAUGUCCUGUCUGCCACAAACCUGCCCUGUUCGAAGCUCUGCGGAUCGAUAGUUUGCUGAGUGGCAUAAUCCAGUGUGCUGAGGAGGCCGUGCAAGAGAUUGAGUACUUGUCUAAUGGCUCCUGGAAAGCAGUGAGGAAGGAGGAGUGCAGCAAAACCUUAGACCAUGUUCCACCCGGCCACAAAAACAAUGCUGUGGUGCUAGAUAUUGUGGAUCUGACCGAGUGCUCAUCUGACGAUGAUGAUGAUGGUGUACACAGGGAGGAGAUUGUUUUGACACACGUAAGAACUGAAAGAGUGUGCUUCACCAAAGGUGGAAAGUAUAUGAAGUAAUUUGUCCUAUUAAGAAUUCCUACAGUGUAUUUUAUUUCUUAAAUUGUAUUUUUCAGUUUCUUGAUUGUGAAUGUUUUUUUACGUAUGUAUUUUUUCUGUCAGUCGCUGAUGUUUUGAUGGUAAAUAAACGUUUGUU